UCGUAGGCAACAUGCAUAUGCUCAAGCGGAGAUAGUUCGAGACAAAUAAAACGAAAAAUCCGACUAUUAGCGAUAAAUGUUGCGAUUAGAGCGUUGUAAAUGAAUUUAUAAACAGUCAGUCACAGUGGACUUUUGAAGAUUAGCGAGAAGAAGCGAUGGACAUUGCGUCUUAUUUUCAGGCUUUUGAGUCGAGUGUCUGCAACUAUGUUGGAGAUGACCCAUUAGAUCCUUGGGACAAGUUUGUAGAGUUUCUGGAGAGCAGGCUGUCUCUGGAGGAGAGGACGGGUUUAUCUGUUGUGUUGGACCGUCUGGUUCAAACCUUCCUUCAAGAUGAACGAUACCACAACGACUUGCGUUACGUCACUCACUGUAUCAAAUGUGCGGGUUUCCACAGUGAUCCGGUUGAGGUGUACAACUGUCUUCACAGUCAGGGUGUGGGGACACAGAUUGCAGAGCUUUAUAUGGACUGGGCUCAUCACUUUGAGAAGAAAGGAUUAAACCAUCAGGCUGAAGCUGUCUAUCAGAGAGCUCUCCAUAACAAAGCACAACCACAAGACCUUGUGCUGCAACAGUACAAGAUGUUCCAGAGUCGAAUGUCUACAAAUACUCAGACGGUGAUGUCAGUGACAGAUCAUGUACGUCAACCGCUGCAGAACUCUCAGCUCGUCAAUCAGAACCCCAGACAGAGAGACACGCUCCAGACUCAAUGCAAGGAACCAGAAUCUCCUUGUCCUGCACCCAGAACAGUUCAUGUAAUCUCCCGGUCAGAGAAUAACCCGAGCCGGACAGGUCGCAGUAAUACACUUGAGUCUGUGUCCAUGUAUUGUGUGAAUGAGAUACAAUGUGAUGAUGGAUCAGAGAUGUCUUUUGAAGAACUCCGAGCCAAACGAUACUUUGCUAAAUGCAUAGAACAAGAGGAACAACGGAAGCUGGCGGAGAAGCAGAGGAGGGUAUUGGAGGAGGAAGAGGAGAUUAGGAAGAUGAAGCAGCUUCUGGAGAGUCUGGAGAUGAAUGUGACUGUACAGCCAGCAGAGCGGAUGAAGGAUCAAAGAGCAUGUCCUGUUGAAAGUCCUCCUGAGCUGAUGUCCUGCUCCAAUCAUCAUACAGCACCACAGCUCUGCCCUGAGUACUCUGCAGUGCAUGCUGGGAAAUCAGACAGCUAUGUGUCAGAAACAAACCGUUCACUCGUUCCUCAAGGCUCUCAGGCUCCUGAUUGUGUGCGCAGCUACAGAGAGAGUGGUGAUGAGCUGCAGACAUACCGACGGUCAGAGGAUGCUGAUGGUGCGGUUUUUCAUCAGAAAAACAGAGAAGAUCAUGAUGUGUGUAAGCAGACAGAGGCAGAAAAUGAUGAUGGAAAUAAUGUUGACACAUCAUGUGGAGGUUUUAAUCACUCUCAUAUUACUCCAAACACAUCUCUGGGUUUCAUGCACGCCACCCCAUCCCGAGUUCUUCCUUCUCCCACUGUCAACACACGAGAGGCUUUGGGUGUGAUCAUGGACAUGUUUCAGGUGCCCACACUCCUUCAGGAGAGCAUGAUGUUUAACAGUGUCAUUCAGCCGGAGGACAGCUUUGAGAAGAGCUGCAGAAUCACCGGCAGCGCUGCCUCAUCUGUUAAACCAAACAACACAACUCCAUUCAUGAUAUACCAGGACAGAGAUGAGCAGGAGAGUGGAAGCUCAUCUCAGGCUGUGCUCAGGAGAAAACCAGCAGUUAACCGAGGGCUUAUGGAGAUCUCGAAAGCAAGUGAGACUCCUGUCAGCACUGAAUCUAUCACAGAUGAGACCGCAGUAUGGGGGGCUCGUAACGUCUCGGUGGGCCCGUGUCCCAAUCACACUCGUGAUUUUACCCUGUCCGCUCAUAUGGUCUCCACACCCCUUCACCCUCGCGCUCCGUACUCCUGGGAUCCGGAGCAGUCGCAAGAGGAAAGUGUGCAGGUCAAAGGUGUUGAGAGCUCUGAGGAAAACCCAUACGUGCGGCCGCCCACUAAACUCAGUCCAAUCAUUGAGCAGAGUCCAUUAGACGAGAAGCCUUCAGAGAUGGCCGAGUGCAGUAUGCAGGCUCAGGGCACUAUUGUCGGUGAAGGUGUGUCUUUGGCUCAUCAGACUCAGGGCGUUUCAUUGAACCAGCACAACCAAACCUCCUGUAGCAGUAGCAGGCAUCCACUGGCCGCCCUGUCCUUCCCCGACCAGACGGUCUUACGUGCGGAAGACGAGUCUGCGAGAUUCGGCAGCACCAAACCCAGCUGGAGCAUCUACCAGAGCCCGGAGAAAGAGCCGGAACCGGAUCCCAUCCCAGCGGCAGAAAGAGCUGGCUCCGGGUCCUUUCACAAGUAUGAGUCUAGUGAGAUGCCAUCGGAGAAUCAGGAGGUUGAUCAAGAUGUCUGUAUGAGUCCCAAAGCUGCUCCAGGACUGAGCUGUUUACAGGUGGAUAGCACGGCACACGCGGGAGAACGAGGUCUUGAUGUCAUGAUGAUGAGUCCUCGUCAGCCCGCAACUUGCACUCAACCCAUCUGGACCAUCUACAGGAGCCCAGACAAAGCUCCUGAACCAGGCUUCCUGUGGGCAAAGAGUCCAGAGCCAGUAGCAGAACAUGAUUUAGAUAUCCUCUCAGCGCAAGAGGAAGUACAAAUUCUCCUUCCGAAGAAAUCUUUCCAGCAGCGAAGAUCAGGCACAGCAGCUCUUCAGAUGUUACAUGAAUCUCUCCUGAUGAGUCCACCAAAGCAAGUCUUUAAACCAGCACCGGACGAGCCCAUGAGUCCAGCACCAGGACUAAACUGGCUCAGCACGGACACUCCACCUCGGCCAACAGAAACCGAUCUGGAUUUAAUGGCGAGCCCACCGCAGAGCUCUGUUAAACUCUCAGAACUGAGCAGAAUCGUACCCAUGAGUCCUGAUAGUACAGCAGAUGUUCCCAUGGUGGCCACACCUAAACCAGUCUGUCAGCAGCUGGUGUCAGAUCCAUGGAAUGAAGAUCUCAUCGUUUCACUGCUCUCAAACCUUCAACCUCCUCUUGCUUCACAUCCCAACCUCACUGUCUGGUCCUGUCGUCUGCCCAACAUCACACCCAAAAUGACCGUCCAGAUCGCUGGACAGUCACUGCGUGUGGACUUUAUUCUUGGACAGGGAGCUUUUGCUACGGUUUAUCAGGCUACAAACCUCACGAGUACACAAAAACUCUGUCUAAAGGUCCAGAAACCUGCCAAUCCUUGGGAGUUUUAUAUCGACAGCCAGCUGAACGUCCGGCUAGAGCCCCGUGUACGUCAUCUCUUUAACACCUUAUACUCCGCUCAUCUCUUCAACAAUGGCAGCGUGUUGAUCGGGGAGCUGCACAACUGUGGGACGUUACUGAGCGCUAUAAACCUGUACAGGGGUCGCAGUGAAAAGGUGAUGCCUCAGCCGCUGGUUCUUUACUUCACCGUCUGUAUACUGCACAUGGUGGAGACGCUGCACCAGGCUAACAUCAUACACGCUGAUAUCAAACCUGAUAACUUUCUGCUGGGAGAGAGGUUUCUGGAGAAUGAAUGUUUCGAUCAGGAGAACCUGGAGCACGGUUUGACUCUCAUUGAUUUGGGUCAGAGCAUCGACAUGACACUCUUCCCAGAAGGCACUGCUUUCACAGCCAAAUGUAUGACAUCUGGUUUUCAGUGUGUGGAGAUGUUGAGCGGUCGACCCUGGAACUAUCAGACGGAUUACUUUGGCAUCGCGGGGACGGUCCAUUGCAUGAUAUUUGGGACGUACAUGCAAGUUAAAAAUGAAGGUGGAGUUUGGAAAACGAAUGGGAUGUUUAAAAGAAACGUUCACGCUGAUCUCUGGCAGAACUUCUUCCACACGCUCCUGAACGUUCCUGACUGCGGCUCAGUACCUUGUCUGCGCAGUCUUCGUCUGCAGCUGAACGCAGUCCUGCAAGAGAACUACAGCAGCAAACUGAAAAGCCUUAAAAACCGACUUGUGGUUCAGAUCCUGGAGUCACGCUCUUCUUCACGCAGAUAAACACCCAUCACGUUUCACUUCAAAAUCAUUUUUCACUUUCUUUUAUUCGUUUAAAUUUUAUCGUUGGAUUUUAUAUUGUGUAAAAAAGUGUUGUGAAGCCUUUUGUAAAUUGAAAUAAACCCUGGAUCAUCCUCACUCCUCACAGCCGUUGUGUUGUGCAGUUCCUCUAUCACACACUAGAUGAUGCUGUCAGACAAAAAACAGAUAUUAAAACAAAAGUCAUUGUACUGACUUUCUAAAUGUUUAAAGUGAAACCGGGGCAUCAUGCACUAACCGGCUUAACAAAUUUAUUGAAACAUAAAAAUAAAUGCACACUGAGAUGAUGAUGAUCAUCAUCAUAGCUAUUAGCUAAUUAUUUUCUUAUUUGAGAUGCCAGUGUAUUACCGGAGUCACAUCAGGUCACAUGUGUGCCUUAGGAACCAAUCAUAUAACAGCUCUGAUGUCACAGACCAUUUGCAGUUAACGUUGAAAUAGAAUUGUUUUUGUUUUUUUGCACAGUAUAUAUCACACAUUUUGCUCCAAAAGGAUUGUUAACCUCUCUAACACAAGGAAAUGUCAGUGCCGUGCGUAUUACAAGUUAAGGUGCUAGAAUGAGUCCAUGACGCACACAUUCAGGUAUGAGCAAAAGUCCAAGACGGCCGCUUUGAGUCCAUGUGCAUACGAGAACAAAAUCUGCGCACAUUACAAGCUCUCUUUGCGCAAAGUAAAACGCACAAACCCCCUCAUGCGAAUCAUAGUUUCACAUGUUAAUGUGAAACUAUGAUGAUAAUUAUUAUUAUUAUUAUUAUUAUUAUUAUGAUGAUAAUAAUAAUAACCAUCGCCAACUAUCAUCAUGAAAGCCUGCUAUAAGUGAUAUGUCUGACAAUCGUCGAUACACAAUACUAUCGUCUAUCGGCACAACCCUAGUCGAGAUGUACAGCCCAACAUUAAAUUGCACAUUAAAUUAAGUACAAUGUUGCUACAAUGUUAAAAACAAAGUUGUGACUUCUGAGUUGGUGCUACAUUUUAGUUAAUGCUAUAUGCUAGCAUUUAGGCUGAAAUUCUACUAUUGAUGUUACAGUUACGUUUUGCAGGUCCAUACGGAAUAGACACAAUCUUACCACUCAGAAACGUCCAUUAACAAUCUUUAAAACAAUUGAGCUACUGGCAUGAGCCGCAGAGCUCAACAUUAUUAUUCAUGACCCUUCCAAAUAGGGCAAAAAUAGACCAUUUCAUUCAAAGGACGAAUCCUAGGGUUGGAAAUGGGCAUGAAUAAAACGUUUCUGGAUAAUUUUUUGCACUUAACGAAGUCACAGUCCUUUUAUGUAAAUGUAUAAGAACAAUGUAACAUAUUAUCUCAAUGCUUUCUUUGGCACCUUUAAGUGUUGAAGUUGGUGUUUCUUCUUGAGAUCUGUAGUGAGUUUAGUGUUGGUGU